GGUCUUGUCCAACUUCCGGUGCGGCCCACUUCCGGUUGUGCCAAUGGAGGCGCAGGAACGGUGCCCGGGGGCGGGCCUCUGAACCCCCCUCGGACCCUUAGUCAACCGCAGCCAAGGGACCGGCCUUGACCAACUACUUCCGGUGCGGCCCACUUCCGGUUGGGCCAAUGGAGGCGCAGGAAGACGGUCCGGGUUGGCCAACCUCAGCCAAGGGACCAGUCUUGACGUACUUCCGGUGCGGCCUACUUCCGGUUGGGCCAAUGGAGGCGCAGGAACGGGGCCCGGGGUCGGGCCUCUGAACCCCCUUCACCCCCGACCCUUGGUCUCCCGCAGCCAAGGGACCAGUCUUGUCCAACUUCCGGUGCGGCCCACUUCCGGUUGGGCCACUGGAGGCCCAGGAAGACGGUCCGGGUUGGCCAACCUCAGCUAAGGGACCGGUCUUGACAUACUUCCGGUGCGGCCCACGUCCGGUUGGGCCAAUGGAGGCGCAGGAACGGGGCCCAGGGGCGGGCCUCUGAGCCCCCUUCACCCCCGACCCUUGGUCAACCGCAGCCAAGGGACCAGUGUUGUCCAACUUCCGGUGCGGCCCACUUCCGGUUGGACCAAUGGAGAUGCAGGAAGAGGGGCCGGGUUGGUCAACCUCAGCCAAGGGACCGGUCUUGUCCAACUACUUCCGGUGCGGCCCACUUCCGGUUGGGCCAAUGGAGGCGCAGGAAGACGGUCCAUGUUGGCCAACCUCAGCCAAGGGCCCGGCCUUGACGUACUUCCGGUGCGGCCCACUUCCGGUUGGGCCAACGGAGGCGCAGGCAGACGGGCCGGGUUGGCCAACCUCAGCCAGGGGACCGGCCUCGUCCAACGCCUUCCGGUGCGGCCCGCUGAACCCCCUUCCCCCCCGACCGCCCCCUCGGGCCCUCGGUCAACCGCAGCCGAGGGGGCGGCCUUGACCAAUCAAUCAAUCAGUCGUAUUCAUCGAGCGCUUACUAUGUGCAGAGCACUGGACUAAGCGCUCGGGAAGGACAAGUUGGCAACUUCCGGUGCGGCCCACUUCCGGCGGGGCCGAUGGCGGCGCAGGCCGAGGGGCCCGGGGCGCCCCGGGGGUCGCGGGGGGACCCCGACUUGGAGCCCCUGAGCCGCCCCCGCUCGUGCACGUGGCCCCUGCCCCGUCCCGAGCCCCCCCCGGGGCUCCCGGGGCCGCCCCCGGACCGGCCGGGCCCCCCGGGGCCCCGGAAAGGGGGAGCCCGCCGCAACGCCUGGGGCAGCCAGUCCUACGCCGACCUCAUCAGCCAGGCCAUCGCCAGCAGCCCCGACCACAGGCUCACCCUGGCCCAGAUCUACGACUGGAUGGUCCGCUCCGUCCCCUACUUCAAGGACAAGGGGGACACCAACAGCUCCGCCGGGUGGAAGAACUCCAUCCGCCACAACCUGUCGCUGCACAGCAAGUUCGUCAAGGUCCACAACGAGGCGACGGGCAAGAGCUCCUGGUGGACGCUCAACCCCGAGGCGGGCAAGGGCGGCAAAGCCCCCCGCCGCCGGGCGGCCUCCAUGGACAACAGCAGCCGGCGGGCGCGGGGGAAGAAGAAGGCGGCGGCGGCGGCGGCGGGCGGGCCGGACGAGGCGGACGUGUGGACGGUCUUCCGGCCCCGCAGCGGGUCCAACACCAGCACGGCCAGCGCCCGGCCCUCCCCGGGGGCCGCCGAGCCCGACGGGGCCGACGACGAGCCGCCCUGCGCCCCCGUCAGCGAGGAGCUGGAGCUCAUGGACGGGCUGAACCUCACCUCGCCGGCCGCCCGGGACGUCCUCGUGGGCCCCGCGGACCCCGUCCUCCCCCAGACCGAGCCGCCGCCGCCGCCGGGGAGCCCCCCGUCCGGCCGGCGGGCGGGCGAGCCGGACGCCCAGGCCCGUCUGCCCCACGACCUCGAUCUGGACCUGGAGCUGGAGAACCUCGAGUGUGACAUGGACAGCAUCAUCAGCGACCUCCUGGGCGGCGGCGAGGGGCUGGACUUCAGCUUCGACCCCGAGGCCCCCCGGGCCCCCGGACGGACCCCCCCCCGCCCACCCCUGGGUGUCCAGCUAGCCCAGGGCGGCCCCCGCGGCCGGGGGGGGGGGCGGCGCCGGACCCCCGGGGACCCGGCCCGUUUCUGGGGACGGGGCUGGGACCUGUUUCUGUUUUUCGGGGCGGGCAAACACUACAGUGUCCCCCCCCCCGAGGGGAGGGCGGAAGAGACCAGACCGGGGUCCGAAUCCCGCCGGGGGAGUCUCCCGGCUGCCCCGGGCCUCAGUCUCCCCCCCGGGCGGACGUCCCGGGGAGGGGGCGUCGAGAGCCGGGGGCUGCCGCCCUAA